CUGUUGCUGCUUGGGUGGUCUUCCAGAUGUCUGGCUACACUUUCUUAUCAUUUGUGUCCAACGUUUUGCUUCUUUUGUUGUCCAUCCUCUUUGUCUGGGCAAAGGCUGCUGGGCUACUCAACAGGCCACCCCCACCUAUCCCAAAGCUACAGCUUUCAGAGGCUGUUAUAAAAACAGCAGCAGAUUUUGUGUAUUCUCAUAUGAACAUGGUACUGUCUGCAACCUAUAAGAUUGCGCUUGGAAAAGACACAAACCUCUUCUACAGAGUAGCUGGAUGCUUAUGGCUGAUUUCUUUUGUUGGUGGUCUUACUGAUUUUCUUACUCUUGGAUACACUGGUCUUCUCGCUGUCCUGACGAUCCCUGUGCUUUAUGAGAAGUAUGAAAGUUAUGUUGAGAGAUAUGUGAACAUCGCCUGCAUGGAAUUGCGGCAUCGGUAUGAGAGCUAUACAAAGCAUUUAAACAAGGUUAAGAAUUGGAUUUUGGAGAAGAAGGAAAAACUAGGCUGAUAGCGUCUGGGUUAAUAUAAUCAGACCACCAUUAAGCUUCUGCAUAGAGGGAAUUUGGCUGCCGUCACCAGUUGGGGUCAGAGCUCGAUGUUUCCAAAUGGCCUAUUUGUGACUUAAGAGAUUCUGCCCUUCAAUUUGUGAGUUGCUUGUUUCUACUUGAGAUUUUAAUGUAAUGAGGCAUGAAUUUUCAAUUUCGAUGAUAUUUUGAUUCAAAUAAUUAUAAGGAUAAAGUAUGAGUCGAUGAA